GGGUUGGAGUUUUGGGUUUGUGUCCAAGGGAAAUACCUUAGGUUUAGUAUCGAAGAGUUUGCGUUGGUCACGGGGUUAGAUUGUCAUGUUGAUUCUGAUUUUUAUCAGUUUAAGCAAGAUGAUAAUGAAUUGGUCAAAUCUUGUUUUAAGGGGUACAAAAAAAUUACCAAGGGUGCUAUUCAGACUGCUUUUAUUGCUGACAAUCUUAAGGAUAACGACGAUCUUGCAGUCAAGUUGGCUGUAUUGUAUUUUGUGCAGUGUUAUUUGUUAGGUGGUCCCCCGGGUAAAGUUGUUUCGUCUGAGGAAAUAGAUGUUGUGGAUAGUGGUCGAUAUAAUGAAUUUGGGUGGGGCAAGCAUUGUUUUGAUAUCACUAUGCAUUCUUUGAAGGGUAAGAUAGAUUCUGGUUAUAAGAGGGUAGUUCGUAGUGACGAGGAUGGUGGGUAUUACAGGUUAUUGGGUUUUCCUUUGGCUAUUCAAUUCUGGUUUUUCGAGUGUUGCCCGUAUGUUAUUGGGAAACUAUCCUUGUACUCAAAUGUUGGCAUUCCAAGGAUUUUGAAUUGGCCUAAAUUACCCAAGGACAAGGAGGGUAUGGUGAAAAUGGAUGUCAUGAACACCCUCAUUUUCGAUCGGUCUUUGAAAGAGUUAAAAUUAAGAAACCUCACUCCAACUUCCGUUGAGAGAUUGAGUUUGAGCCUCACUGAUUUUUUCUCUGGUGAGACUACUCCCGAGGCUGUGAAAUUCAAAAUUAAAGGUGGUUCCAAGCCUGCUGGUCAACCUGGCUUGAUGGGUUCUUCUUCAUCAACUGCUCAUGAGAAUGUCUCCCGAGUUGAGUUUGAGGAAUUUAAAAAGUGUUUAUCUGUUGUUGUCAGCCAGCAAGGGAUUCUUAUGAAAUCUGUUGCUGAGAUGAACAAGAAGCUGGACAUUCUUAUUGAGUCAUCCCAAGGUGGUCCCACUCACAAUGGAUCUCAGUCUGAAGAUGCUCUUCGUACUUCAGAAAAUGAGGAUGAUGAAGAUUCCACUUCGGAGGAAGACGAGGAUGAUAAAUUCGACGAUGACAAAGGAGAUGAUCAUCAUGACGAUGAAACUGAUGAUGAUGAUGAUGAUCUGGGUGGAGAUGGUGUUGGUGCUGGUCAGGAUGAGGCUCACACGGGCGAUGUUCGUAACGAUGAGGGUGUUGUUGUCCCCGCGGUUGUUUCGAGGGAUGAUGAUACCGGCAAGGUCGAUGAUGCCAAGAAUUCUGACCCUGUGGAACCUAUUGCAGAGAUCAAACAGCCUGAUCAGUCUCAAGGUGGGGAGGAGAACAUUGAUGUUGAUGCAACAAUUGCAUCUGCUGUUAAAGCUGUGGAGAAUUUGGUUUUCUUUUUAUUUAUCCUUUCUCUUUUUUAG